CUAUUUCCGGUAGGGUCAGUGGACGGCGCGGCUGAGGCGGUGUGGGGCCGGCGUUGUCUACUGAGCUUUUCCAGAAGUGAGCAGACAUGGCGGCGGCUUUUCGGAAGGCGGCUAAGUCCCGGCAGCGGGAACACCGAGAGCGAAGCCAGCCCGGCUUUCGAAAACACCUGGGCCUGCUGGAGAAAAAGAAAGAUUACAAACUUCGUGCAGAUGACUACCGGAAAAAGCAAGAAUACCUCAGAGCUCUCCGCAAGAAGGCUCUUGAAAAAAAUCCAGAUGAAUUCUACUAUAAAAUGACUCGGGUUAAGCUCCAGGAUGGAGUUCAUGUUAUUAAGGAGACUAAAGAAGAAGUAACUCCAGAACAGCUGAAACUGAUGAGAACUCAGGAUGUCAAAUAUAUAGAAAUGAAAAGGGUUGCAGAAGCUAAGAAAAUUGAAAGACUAAAAUCAGAGCUCCAUCUGCUGGAUUUCCAGGGGAAGCAACAGAAGAAGCAUGUGUUUUUUUUUGACACUAAAAAGGAAGUUGAACAGUUUGAUAUCGCAACUCACCUGCGAACAGCCCCAGAACUAGUCGACAGAGUCUUUAACAGACCCACGAUAGAGACCUUGCAGAAGGAGAAAGUGAAGGGAGUUAACAAUCAGACUCGACUUAAGCGGAUAGCAAAAGAGAGGCAAAAGCAGUAUAACUGUCUGACGCAGCGCAUAGAGCGCGAGAAGAAGUUGUUCGUUAUUGCACAGAAAAUUCAGACUCGCAGAGAUCUUCUGGAUAAAACUCGAAAGGUGAAGGUGAAGAAAGAAACAGUGAACUCCCCAGCUAUUUACAAAUUUGAGAGUCGUCGAAAACGUUGAAGUGUUAUAGAUGAGCCUUGUCAUUCCAUGUGGAAAAUAAUUUAUGUCUUUUUUUCCACUAACUUCAAAUUCCAUUGUUCUAAGUGACUGGGUUUUCCUGUUUGUAACCAUAAUUUAUUGUAGAUCUGACAUUUGAUAUGAACAACAUUCAGGCCCCUUCCCCCAUGUAAAUUGUUGGUGGGUUGUUGAAUUGUUGAAAUCAGUCUUUUUUUUUUCGCUGUGCCCUGCGGCCUGUGGCAUCCUAGCUUUCUGACCAGGGGUCAAACCCAGGCCCAAGGCAGUGAAAGCACCGAGUCACAGUCAUUGGACUGCCAGGGAACUCCCUGAAAUCAGUCUUAUUUUUAUAUACUUCCUUUUUUUUUAUUAUAAAAGUUUUAUAAUCUUUUAUAUAGCAAUUGUGGAAAACAAGUGAGUUCGUCCCUAAUCCCAAUACUUAUUCAAGAACAACAAAUAACUGUUGCAUACUUCUAGUGCUAGGAGGUUAGGGAAAUGGAGGUGAACAACUGGCAAGAGUGUUUUGGUUAUUUCCUCUUUUGUAAAAGUUGGCACUGGUUUUUGUUGAUUUUUGUGUUUUUUAGUUGUAAUUAAACACUCUUAUGGCCUGCUUUUUUCAUUUACUAUUAAAUCAUUAGCUUUUUUCCAUUUUGUUACAUCGUUAAAUUUUUAGAAGUAAUAUAUGCUCAUAGUGAAAAUUAAAAUAAAUAUUUCUAAUGUUUGCAUAGUG